UGAGUGCGUGUCGGCAGCGCGCACCCACACGAGAGAUGCGUCUUGACGCCGUGGACCGCUCCUCGUCCCCGGACGUCCCCCGCCUUUGAAGCAUGGUGCAGAAGUCCCUCAACGGCGGGCUCUACCCCGGUCAGGCCGGCGAGAGGAGGCACAAGGUGGGCUUUGUGGGGCUGGAGCCCCCCGGGGGUCCCGAGUCCAGCCGGGACGGGACGCUGCUCAUCGCGGGCGCCAAGCGGGGCGGCAGAGCCCGGGGCAGCGCCUCCGCCAAGAAGAACGCCGGUUACCGGAAACUGCAGACUUUCCUCUAUAACGCGCUGGAAAGACCUCGAGGAUGGGCCUUCAUCUACCACGCUUACGUCUUCCUCCUGGUCUUCUCCUGUCUCAUUCUCUCCGUCUUCGCCACCAUUCGAGAGUUCAAGAAUAGCUCGGAGAGUGCCUUGUACAUCCUGGAACUGGUGACCAUCGUGGUGUUCGGCGUGGAGUACAUUGCCAGGAUUUGGGCGGCCGGGUGCUGCUGUCGAUACCGCGGAUGGAGAGGGCGGCUGAAAUUUGCCCGGAAGCCUUUCUGCGUCAUAGACAUGAUGGUGCUGGUGGCCUCGGUGUCGGUGCUGGCGGCCGGCUCGCAGGGCAACGUCUUCGCCACCUCGGCCAUCAGGAGCCUGAGGUUCCUGCAGAUCCUGCGGAUGCUGCGUAUGGACCGCCGCGGUGGCACCUGGAAGCUGCUGGGCUCAGUCGUCUACGCCCACAGCAAGGAGCUCAUCACGGCGUGGUACAUCGGCUUCCUGUGUCUCAUCCUGGCUUCAUUCCUGGUCUACUCUGUGGAGAAGGAGUCCAACAAAGAGUUUGAGACCUACGCUGAUGCCCUCUGGUGGGGACUGAUAACGCUUACCACCAUCGGCUAUGGAGAUAAGGUCCCCAAGACGUGGAAUGGACGCUUAUUAGCGGCCACCUUCAGUAUGAUUGGCGUGGCCUUCUUUGCACUUCCUGCUGGCAUCCUUGGUUCUGGUUUUGCCCUCAAAGUCCAAGAGCAGCACAGGCAGAAACAUUUUGAAAAGAGACGCAACCCUGCAGCGAGUCUCAUUCAAGCUGCUUGGAGAUUUUAUGCAACCAACCUGUCCCGCACAGAUCUGAUGUCUACCUGGGACUUCUAUGAGCAGACUGUGGCUGUGCCAGUCUAUAGAAUAAUCCCACCUCUGAAUCAAUUGGACCUGCUGAGGAAUCUGAAGGGGAGGUCCUUCAGAAAGGACUCGCAGACCGAAAGCUCUCCCAGCUUCCUGCUGCUUGCCCAACCCACUGAAUGCCCAUAUAUGGACAUGGCUUCCUCUGCUGUAGGUUUUCCUCAGUCGGAAGGCGAGCCUGAAGGACAAGGUGUUCCCCAGUCCUUCCAAGACUCCUUUGGCCAAAGGGAGAGACCAGUCUCCUGUGCCAGAAGAUGGCGCUGAUGCGAGUCCGAGCAAGUUCUCCAAGAGCUGGAGCUUCACGGAGAAGAACCGAGGCGGGCCUAAGCAUUCUUUCAAAGUCAGGGGGAGCGCCUCACGUCAAAACUCUGAGGAGGCCAGCUUCCCAGGAGAGGACCUUGGCGACGACAAGAGUUGUCACUGCCAGUUUGUUACUCAGGAGUUGCCGCCAGGCUUGAGGGUGGCCAUACGAGCAAUAUGGUUCUUCAGCUGAAAAGAUAACAGGCUCAUUGGAUGCAGGUAAGUGUUGAUAAUCUUCUCCCACAGAUGGAGGCGGCGAUGUGGCUGGAUUGGCAGAGGACUUCCCUGGAUCAGGUAAGUAAGGUUUCACAGGUUCGGGAAGUAUACACUCUGGAGCAUUGUCAAGUGAUGGUAGGAUGUUUUUUUCAACAGUUAAGGUUCCAGGUGAAAGGUAAUUGGCAAUCAUCUUCAUCUUCAGAAUUGUCAUGAUUCUCACUAAGUGGUGUCUCUUGCUGCUGGCUUCGGGUCACUGGCCUGCGAGGAGGCGUUGCCUCAGGAGACUUUUGGCAAGUAUCACUCGGAAGAGACUCAAAGGGCAGUAGAAGAUCACAGUGAAGAGUUCGAGUUGGAGCCUUGUCAUCUCUUUCUAGUCUCACUGUAUAUACUGGAAGGUCACCAGCACGGCUGAGAACGACAUAUACCUCACGCUCCCACUUAUCCUCAAGUUUGUGCUUUCCUCGCAGUUUCACAUUGCGAACCAAAACACGACCACCAACGUCCAAACUAGAUGGAGUAACUCGUUUAUCAAAUCUUCUUUUAUUGUGUUCUGCAGAUUUUUGCGCAUAUCUAGCAGCAAGCUUGAAACUUUGCUCGAGCCGGGAACAUAAAUGCUCAACAUACUGGGAAUGUGACUUUGACUGCUUUCCUCGGACUGGAAGACUAAAAGCAAGAUCGACUGGAAGGCGGGGUGAGCGACCGAACAUUAAUUCAUAGGGUGUAAAGCCAGUUACAUCAUUCUUGGUACAAUUGUACGCAUGGCAGAGUGGUUUCACGUAUUCUUUCCAUCGCUUCUUCUGCUUUGGCUCCAAGGUUCCGAGCAUACUUAAUAGAGUUCGGUUAAAGCGCUCUACCGGAUUCCCUCGUGGAUGAUAUGGAGUAGUUCUUGUCUUCUUAAUACCAGCAACCUCACAGAGUUCUUUUAUGAGCUUAGACUCAAAGUCUGGUCCCUGAUCAGUAUGAAGUUUCUCGGGUAUGCCGUAGUAAACUAUGAAGUGUUCCCAUAAGUAACAUGCAACGGUAUGUGCUUUUUGAUUAGGGGUAGGUAGAGCCACAGCAAACUUAGUAAAGUGAUCUGUAAGAACAAGUAUGUCUUUGGUGUUACUCUGGUCCGGUUCUAGAGAUAGAAAAUCCAUACACACCAACUCAAGUGGCCGAGUGGUGGUGAUAUUAACCAAAGGUGCGGCUCUCUCUUGUGGGGAUUUUCGUCGGACACACCGGUCACAAGUCCCCGAUUUUGGUUUCAACAUCUACUGACAUAUGUGGCCAAAAAAAUCUAGAGCGUACCAGGUCUAGUGUUCGCUCAACACCUAGGUGUCCCAUGUCAUUAUGAAGACUUUUCAGAACCAAGGCCCUCAACCCUUCAGGUAAAAUGAGCUGGAAAAGUUCUUCAUCUCCAUCUUUCCUUCUUCUGUAGAGGACACCAUCCACCAAUUCCAGGCGGUUCAAUUCUCAAAGAAGCAAGGCCAAUUCGGGAAGCUCGUGUCUCACUGUUGGGGGUACAUGCUCUCCCGUUUCCAACUGGUGAAUGACCUCUCGGAUGGAUUGAUCAGAUCUCUGUUUCUCCCUGAUUUCCUCAAUAGACAAGGCUGGCACAACCAGCAACCCAUGCUGAUUUUCAUCCAGAUAACUCUCAGGGAUGGCUUUGGCAGAGGUGGUCAUGGACUCAACCAGUGUGAUGGGAGGAUAAUCGGUAAAACUGGUUGAAUUGCAGUUUUUCACAAGACGACUUUGGCAAAUGGCCGCGACGACUUCUGGGGAAAUUUCAUAUCCUGGUUCACUGCUGUGCCCAUCGGUGAACUGACGGACGAGAUCUAGAUCAGAGGAAGUAUCAAGAGAUGAAUUAUGGGAACGGCGUGACAGCGCAUCAGCGUCUAGGUUUUGCUUGCCAGUCCGAUACUGAAGCGUGAAAGUGUACUUUGAAAGUGCAGCAAGCCAACGGUGACUGGCAGCAUGAAGUUUGGCAGAUGUCAGGAUGUAUGUCAAUGGGUUGGUGUCUGUAACCACAACAAAAUUAGCACCAUACAGAUAAUCAUGAAAUUUUGCUGUAAUGCUCCAUUUCAAUGCUAGAAAUUCCAGUUUAUGAGCAGGAUAUCGUGACUCACUUGUGGAUAAACCACGAUUAGCAUAUGCAAUGGCUCUCAAAUGACCAUCUUGCUCUUGAUAAAGAGCUGCACCGAGACCUAUGGCACUUGCAUCUGUAUGUAAGAUGUAUGGUUUCUUCGGGUCUGCAAACCCCAGAACAGGGGCAGUAGUUAGGUGCUCAAUCAGGGUUUCAAAGGCACUCUGACAUUCUGACGACCACCUUCCUCCAAAAGGUGUAUGUUUCGAGCCGUGUGACUUGAAAUUGGACCCUUUCUGUCCAGUCCUACGGGGUGGUGUAUAGCCCCUUGUCAAGUCAUUCAGUGGUUUGGCUACUGCGGAAUAUCCCCGGAUGAACCUUCGGUAGUAACCGGCAAAUCCUAAAAAUGAUUUUAGCUCCCUCAGGGUGCGUGGAAUUGGCCAGGUCUUUAACGCAGAAAUCUUCUCUGGAUCAGUCUUCACCCCCUCCUCAGACACCACAUGACCCAGGUACCGUACAGAGGUUUGGAAGAACUUGCACUUCUCCAGGGAUAACUUGAGGCCAUAUUCCUUCAAUCGGUUGAGGACUCUUAGCAGGCGCUUUUCAUGCUCCUCCAGGGUUUGUGAAAAGAUAAUCAAAUCGUCGAGGAACACAAGAACUUCUUUCAAGUGAAGAUCUGUCAUGCACUUUUCCAUGAGGCGCUGAAAAGUUGAGGGAGCAUUGGUAACGCCUUGCGGCAUGCGAUUAAACUCCCAGAUUCCUAACGGGGUAACAAAGGCAGUUUUUGCUUUAUCCGCUUCAUUCAUCUCAAUCUGGUAAUAACCAGACUUGAGAUCCAACACGCUAAACCACCUUGAGCCAGUCAACGCUGAAAAUGAUUCCUCCAGGUUGGGGAGGGCAUCGGCGUCUUUAAUGGUUUGGAGAUUUAGCUUUCUGUAGUCAAUACACAGACGGACAUCACAAUUUUUCUUGCGCACAACUACAAUAGGCGAGGCAAAGAAUCGGACUCUCUGAUUACUCCAGUUUUCAGAAGAUCUCGCAGAUGUUGUCGAACUGCCUCUAUAUCCUGUGGAUGUAUUGGCCUUGGACGCUGCUUGAAUGGUGUCUCGUCAUUCAGUUUGAUGUGGUGUUUGACUUGUCCAGUUCUUCCAAAAUCCAGAUCGUGACAAGAGAAGACCUCCGGUAUUUCUUUCAGUUUGCUUAUAAUCCUGUCUUUCCAUUCCUCUGGGAUGGGUGAGUCACCAAAAUCGAAAUGCAGAUGGUGCGAAGAACUUGCAAUGGGUUCGGAUGAGAGAGAAGUUUGAUGUGACAAGAUUUGAGGUGCCAUGACGAGAUUUGCAAUGGUGCUCAGAGAUGGAAUUGACACUUCUUGCUCUGACCCAUUUUUGAGAAUGACGGGAACUUUAUGGGAGGUAUUCUUUGCAAUGGUAAUGAGACAACUUGUCACACAGAGUCCACCAGCCACUGGAGAUGAGGGAUGUUCAAUGAGUACACAACAGCCUGCAGUUGGAGUGUUGCCAUAGAUGGAGCCCUCAACCACAACCGUGUGGCCUGGGGGAAUUGUAACUGAUCCUUUACUUGAAAGCCUCACAACACCUUUGCUGCCCAACUGUGUUUGUUGGCGCCGCAGUUGGAGCAGUUGCAGGACAGCUCUGUAUCCAUGUGUCUCUGGCUGGAAAGUGCCUUGAUUUCUUUCCACAUAUUGGUCGUACAAUGGCUCAAGGGUAUUCAUACCAAUCAGUACUUGUGAUUGAAACUCUGGACGGGAAUCCGGAACCACGAGUGUUAGUGUUGCUACUUCUGUGUCUGCACCCACAAAAUCUUUGGGGAAUGUAACUAUCAUUUCAAUGUAGCCCAGGUAGGGUACAGUUUGGCCGGCUGCCCCUUCAACUUGCAGAAGGUCAGAGAGAGACUUCAAAGGUUCCUGAGAAAAAUAUUUAUUAUAAACUGCCACAGGAACAGUUGUAACUUGGGAUCCAGUAUCAAGUAAACAGGAGCACACUUGUACAUUUCGAUCCAAUCAACCCUUUCGGUAGACAUGUUUUUGUGAUUGGAGAAGAAGGAGUAAGCUCAGUGCAGGUAACAGUUGUAAGAUUCUUGGGACAUUUUUGAUCCAAAGCAGUUCCAAUUCGUCCCGUAACAGGAACUGGGGCCAGUUUAAAGAAUGACCUGUGCUUGACUUCUUCCAUCUCUGCAGCUUCUCUGCCUGUUGUCUUUUCUUGAAUGAGACCAGAGCAGGAUUUGGGGGACUGUCACAUGUUGCUUUAAUAUGCCCCUCUUCACCACAUUGGUAGCAAUAACCGGGUCUUGGUCCAGACGGUGCAGAACCGUAGUGUCGAGUAGCAGGUUUGGCAUGUGGGGAACCAGCACCAGUCGAUGGUGUCUUCGCUGGUACAGCUUGUUUUUUUCCAGAUUGGGCGGCGAUCAAAGCUGUCAAUUGUCUCUGUAUAUCUGCCAGUUGCUUUGUAAGUUUUUCCAGUGUUAUACUUUCAUGAUCUUCACCACCAGCAUAAGCGUAUUGUGCUUGAGUUGCGGAUCUUGUCUUGGAUGGGCCGAGAUGCUGCUUCAUGCGAAAGGGUCUUAGCUGCUUCUCGGUCCUCCUCUGUGCGCAAUAGCAGCAAUAGUUCAGCGAAGGAUGGCGGAUUUUGCUUACGUUGCCUGAGUUGGAGCUCGGAGAUUAAGACAUUGUCCCAACAGCCUCUACAAAACUGGUUGAGUAGGUGUUUAUUGGUCUCCUCGUAUGGAACUCCCCCUCUCUUGACAGCUAAAUUGAGAGCCAAUUGCAGCCGCUGAAGGUAUGAUGAUGCCUUUUCAUUUGCGUCUUGGAAAGUAUCCAUAAAUUUAGCAUAAAGCUCAUCUCCGUCUUUCACAUUGCCGUACGCUGAAUCCAGAAUAUGGAGAUAGACUGCAGGCCGUGUUUCAGGCUUCAAGUGCUUGACCAUGUCGGCAGCGGGAGGCAGAAGACUCUCAAAGAUUUUGCGCGAUCGCUGCAAAUCGGAAACAGAGGAAUCAUUUAACAGUAAAUCCACAGUAACACGCCAUGUUUAAUAAUCGGUUUCAUUCUGAGGCCGGGGCAACCUCCCAGAAAAUACUCUGAGACGCUGGCUGGAGAGAUGAAGCAUCGCACUGUCCUCGUUUUUAACGAUGUGCUCAACCACAUAACGUUGGACUUCUGGUGGGUUCAAGGUAGGUGCAGCAAUAUUUGGGAGAGAGGUUCUGGUUUGGGAUUGGGGUUUAUAUUCAGUGCGAUCGGAGAGCAAUUCCUGACUCUCGGUAGUGGCAGUGGGAGUUGACUGUGUUGCUUGGGCAGCAGAAGUUGGCAGAGUUUUAGCUUGGACUGGGCCAAGCUGCGUAACAGAGUGACCAAGCAGGGACAUCACAUCGUUGAGGACCUCCGUAAAGUCCUUACCAGUUAUCUUAGCUAACUCUUUUAAAUCAGAUAAAUAUGCGUUUGUUUUUUGUUUCUCUAUGCGAGUAGCGCAAACAGCGGACAAUUCGGACAUUUCAUACAUUUUAUUAUUUCGACUCACAAAAGUGUAAGGCAAAAUGUGACGCAGCGCGUUAAUAGCAUCAGUAGAAUUAUACUCAAUAACCCACUUAUGCCUAAACUCAGAUUCCCAAUCAUCAAUAAUCUCACACUGACCAAUCGAACUGUAUUUAGACAAAAAGUCCACGACCUCUUCAUUUUCUUCAGCCUUUGUAUCACACUCAAACAAUACUGCAUUAUGUAUAUUUAUGCCAUGUUUCUCAAUUACGUCCAUUGUAAAGUUAUACUCUGUCCACACACACACACAAUUUAAGCUGAGCUCUCUCCUGGCUAGCUCGCCACUAAUUUUGUAACCUAUCCGUGCUACAAAUCAAUGCAAUAUGUAUGGGGUUUUAUGGGCUAGGAACAAAGGACUAGGGUUUCGACUUGGAGAGAGAAGGCAAAGCUCAAAUUGCAGCUUGGUUGACACCGUGUAUUAAACAAUUUGUGAGGGACAGCAGAUACAGUAUAUACACACAAUAGGUUGAAUGGCCAUUCAACAGGAAAGUAAUCUGGAAAACAACAGUGACUAUAUACAUAUAUACAAUUCAAAUUGAAUUAAUUAAUGUCUCUGGAUCUGAAUAAAUCUCAGUUCAGACUUAGAGUUCUUGGGGGGGGAAAAAGAUGGCAGUACAGUCCAUGUACUGCAGGUUAAAGAUGGGGGAAAAAAAUGUAAAGGGUCGGCUCGAGAGCCUCCUACCCGCCCAGAAAGAACAGGUGGUGGGGUUCCUGGCUGGAAUCUUCCAAGAACAGUCCUUGGACUAGAUUCUUCUUUCUUUAGCUCGCCUCUGGUGAGGGCGGUCGCAUUUUUCUCCGCUCCCUCCUUCCCUGCUUGCUCUCUUUGUUUUUGUCUUGUCUGAACUAUUUUGAAGCCUCUUUUCUUGAGCUGUCCUCAAAUCUAAACAUCAAAAUGAAUUUGAUCAACUGGACUCUCGACGCAAUUGACACAGUCUUUUCGACAAGGAAAAGAGGCUCGGGGGAGCCUGGCUGCCCUGAUGGAACCAUUGCUGCGGGGUACGUGAGAGAUUCCUGGAAUACUUGGAGAAUCAUGUGCCUCUCAGUCCUUUCCAUCGAGGACGUGGAAGACAUCUACCUAUUUGGAGCUGUGAUCGCAGGGCAUUUGCUGAUUGGGCUGGGCAUUGCUCUGGUGUAUCGUCAAAUUCGGAAGACGAUGGCAGCCACUCAAGGGGCCAACAGGCUGUUCAACGCAAUGGAAGGAUUGGGUCGUGCUGUGGGAUCACAGACUGGAGCGAUUGCUGAUUUGAAUCGCAAGGUAGAUUCCAUCUUGAUGAUGUUACAGAAAGAAUAAAUUGGAAUUGUCAGAGCCAGCAUAUAGAGCAGGAAUGUCAUUGUUUUGACUGCUCGAAGAAAAAACAACAUCUUAAUCUACGAUUUGACUCCCUCGAAUGGCCUUGAGGAACAGGCUGUUUGAAAACACUCCCCUGAGGACUCCUCAAAGAUGGACGCUUUUGACCUUUCCCUUUUUUUUCAAAAGCACCUGGGUCGGACUCUUGAACUCUUGAACUCUUGGGGCCGGCCUCGGCCCAUAAAGACAAUCCAACAUCUCACCCAAGUUAAUUGGGCAUACAUGCACGCACACACCCCUCCCCAAAUCAACGCCUUCACCACUGCUUUAUUCCUCCGGGGUUGUGGGGGCUGAGCAGCGCUCAACAGCAGCUGCCGGCCUCCAAAGUCCUGUUGGAUGACUCUGUUGCGAGUUGUUGUGAUUAAAUGUACCAUGUUUAUGUGUGCCAUGCUAUGUGAGGUUUUUUUCCUCGGACUCAGUCUGGACCAUUCCUGAGGGUCCAGCCUCAGACUGAUAUUUUUUUUUACUUCCCCCCUUCCCCAAUGUCACCUUUUUCCCACCUUUUUAAGGAGCGCCUAAGUGAGGCUGAUCCGUUGGCGGUCCCGUCUUGUCUCUCUGUAACGUAUGUCUGCUCUUAGCGGGAUUGUGCCGAAAAUGUAAUUUCAGUUCUUAUGUGUCUUGUACAUGUAAGAAUGGACAAUAAAGCUGAUUGAUUGAUCAAAAAAAAGAAGCCUGGCGAACUCUU